AUGAAGACUCCUUGCUUCACCCUGGGUCUGCUGCUGCUGCUCACUGUCUGCUGCUGCGACGCCAUGCCUCAAAACUGCUGCUUUGCGUUCUCCAACACACGUGUACCAUUAAAGCGUCUGACCAGUAUAACUAAGACCAACAUCUCCUGUCCGACGCAGGCAUUCAUAAUCCAAACAGUCGCAGGGCUUAAGUUCUGCGCCAGCCAGACUUCCCCGUGGGCUCUGGACAUCUACAACCGGUGCAUUCGGGGUGGAGCUACAGUUGAGGCUGAGAGAUGUAUUUUUGUGUAAUAAUAUAAAAAUGACAUAACCAUGUCUGGCUUUGCAGAUCGAAAUGGAUCUAAUGAUUUUUUUUAUAUUGCUGUAAAAGCCACAGUUUUUUUUGGCCCUUGAAACAAUCACAUGUGGAUUAAUCAUUUGCUGAUUGGAGCUUCAACACUGUUUGCAUAAAUAUUUGAACUAAUUUCGACUGUGUGCAUUUUUUAAGAUCUGUGAGGGUUAUGAUGAAGGAGAUACUGCACAGAUAAAUGUGUUUUUUGAGCUAUGGAAUAAAAUUUUAAUGUAUCUA